GUUUAUCUCUAAAGUUAUGAAAUGAAACAACAAAUUAUCAUUAUACAUCCGGAACACUUUUUUUGUAUAAAAAUCAAUGUGCCACAUAUAAAAAUAAACUUUUAUCCAGGUUUGAACUUCGAUUUCAUCCCUAUUCACCCCAUCUUAGGGUACUAAAUGGAGCUCCCUCUGGUGGACCAUAUGUCCGUGCUGCUAUACCAGGAUACCUGUUUCCUUAUUGUGAGUUUACAGCGUAUGAAUAAGUUGAUAUACAUUUCAGUAUCAGUCAUUGACGGGAUGUAUAAAGUAUUUUGUUUUAUUAGGUUAUGGGCUCACCAGUCUCACCACGCCUCUAGGUACUGGAAGCUAAUAAAAGAAAAAUGUUACCUACUACAAAACACAUAAACUGGUCAGUUUCAGCAAUUUACAUAGUCUAUGAUUCAUCUGAUCUGGCCUUAUAUCACUUUCCUAUUUUUUCUAUGAGUCUGCCUAAAGGUCACCGCCGGGUCGUGACCAUGGGCCAGAGCGUGAGAAAUUGCCUAUCUCGGUCAACUCGACCAAUCCGUGCCACUAGGAGAGUACUGGCGCCAGUUGAGGACUAGCUACUUGACACACUACUUGUCAAUUAAUUGUUGAAGAUGAUCUGGAUUUUUGUCAUGCUGUGCCUGUUUUUGGGGAAUGUCGAACUCCAAGAAACCAGUGACAACAUAGAAACUCUAAAAGAGGAGGAUCUCCAAAAUGUAGAGCUGGAACCCCUGGAAGCGGUGUGCCCUGAGCUCAGCGGACAGAUUAUAGGUGGAAGGGCCAGUUCCAUCACUAGGCAUCCUUAUCAGGUGUCAAUGGUUCUGAAUGGGAACUCCUUUUGCGGAGGGUUUAUCAUCAGCCAAGAUUAUAUUAUGACUGCAGCACACUGUGUUAACAACACGGAUCCGUCGGCCAUCCGUCUCCGUGCCGGAUCGACCCGGCGCGACUCCGGCGGGCGCGUCGUGCCCGUCGCCAGCGUCUCCGUGCACCCGCAGUACGGCCGACCGACGUUCGACCACGACAUAGCCGUGCUGAGACUGGCACAGCCGCUAGCUUGGAGCGCGGCGAUCCGACCGAUACGGCUGCCGGCAAGGGGGCAGGCUGUUCCUUUAGUAAGGCUCACUGUUACUGGGUGGGGUCUUACUGCCCCUCGGGGCCGUCGCAUUCCGCGUAUUAUGAUGGAGGCCAACGUCCCAGUGGUCCCGCACUGGCUGUGCCAACUCUCGUACGGAGCCUCUUUGACCAACAACAUGUUCUGCGGAGGGCACUUCCUCAUUGGAGGGGUGUCUUCCUGUCAGGGUGACUCCGGCGGCCCAGCCGUAUUUCAAGGCGUCGCGUAUGGCGUUGUCUCUUUCGCACGCGGCUGCGCUCUCCCUCUCUCUCCAACUGUGUUCUCGAACAUCGCCGCACUUAGAGACUGGGUUACCACUACCACUGGACUUUAGACUUCAUCCCAUCGCAAUAAGGAUAAUUUUACAACAAACAAAUAGACUUAGCUGAA